UAUUGUUGGUGAAAGGUACCGUGCGUACGUGCCUGAAUGGUGUCUGUAGCUCCGAGCCCGCAGAAUAAUAAUGUGAGCUUCUCCAACAUUCACCGCUCAGUCUUUGUCCCACCUUCCAGCUCGCAAGACGUAUAUCGUUAGCUGGUCGCUCUCUCUCCCUCAAGCCACUGUUAAAGCUGUUGAGCGAUUGAAAAUCAACAUGAAGCCACCUGUGAUUGCCAUUUGGUUGUUUGUGUUUGGGUGUGUCGGGGCAAUCCCUGCGUCCAACAUAGUCGUAGAGAAACCGGAAAUUGACGAUAUCUUCUCCUCAGUCUCCAAAAUGGAAGCUCUAGUCUCUCAAGAAAAUGCCAUUGUCAACAUGCUCGAUUCAUUUUUGAUCGAUGCCAAACAGCGUAUCUCCAUCAUUCAAAAUUACGUCACCACAUAUCGGCAAGUGAUGAGUGGAGAUCUCAGUUCUUCAAAGCUGGUUGCCAAUCCUGUCGACGCUUACCACUUGUUGAAACGCCUCACCAUCGACUGGGACGUGGUGGAGCGGGUCCUCGAAGCCGAAUCCAACUCCAGCCGCAAUGCCUUGAAUCACGUUCUAGUCUUGCGUGAAACGUCCGUUUUCCCGAAUUCUGAGGAUCUGCACGGUGCGGCGAUUGCUCUCGUUCGCCUUCAGGACACUUACCAGCUAAACGUGACCGAUCUGGCCGAUGGCCACUACAAUGGAGUGGAUCAUUCUAAAGGACAAGUCUUUCAAAGCCGGAGAGAUUUGAGCGGCCGCGAUUGUCUUUUCAUGGCGCAACACGCUUUUGCCGAUGGAUAUUACGACACAGCUUUACAAUGGGCUGAAGCAGCCUUAGGCCAAUUCGCACGGAAGGGAGAUAACUACGGUUCAGAGCUAGAAACUUUCCGCAAUGAGGUCAAACAUUUCGUGGAGUUUGCCAGUCGUGUGCACGAUGACGUCCUGGAACGACAAGGACCUCGCGGCGUCAAUUGGCAAACCAAUAGUCAUCCAGUAGAUAGACAAUUUCGCUCGGGCACCAGUGAAAAGUACGACAGUUUGGCUGAACAGCAAUUCACUCCCAAGCUGUACCAACAUCAGUCAGAAGAUGAGGAAAACGAACAUUACGAAAGACUCUGCCGAGGAGAAAAACUCCGAUCGGCGAAUAUUGAGGCCGGUUUACGAUGCCGUUUGGUGACUAGAGGCCAUCCAGCUCUGCUGCUUCAACCAAUCAAAGUUGAAGAGCAAUCUCUAGACCCGAUGAUUGUCGUACUUCACGAUUUAAUAACCGAACGCCAAACGGAGAUCCUACGACAACUUGGAGAGCCCAAGCUGGCCACUUCUUUGCACCGAGGAGGAGAAGGGAAAUUCGUUCGCAGCAUGAUCCGCACCAGCAAAAAUGCUUGGCUUCAAGAACACGAGAAUGCUUCACUUCCAGCUAUUCGACACCGAAUGGAAUUAGCCACGGGACUCAUCUACGGCCCUGAAACGGCUUCCGAAUAUUUCCAGAUUGCUAAUUACGGCAUUGGUGGCUUGUAUAAGACACACACCGACAAUGUCAUUCACCCGGAUGUCAGGCCGGAAGAUCAGGACCCUUGGAAUUUGUAUGUUGGAGACCGAAUUGCCACCUUGAUGGUCUACCUGUCGGAUGUGGAAGCCGGAGGUGCGACUGUGUUUCCCAGAGCUGGCGUCACUUGUUGGCCAAGAAAGGGCUCGGCCGCUUUCUGGUGGAAUUUAUACAAGAGUGGCGAACCUGACUUGACCACGCGUCAUGGCGCUUGCCCUGUUUUACAUGGCAGUAAGUGGGUGUCAAAUAAGUGGAUCCGCCAAUACGAUCAAAUGUUUGUUGCCAAGUGCGGUCUUCAUCCUUUGGAAAAGUAUGAUUCCCUGCUGAUGUAAAGAUUUCGAUAAAUGACACAUAGUCAUUCAUAUUUUUUAUUGAAUUCUUUUGGUGAAUGUUUUUGGUAAUCUUUUAAUUUCGAAUUCAUAGCUCUCUCUUUUUACGAAUUCCUAGCUCUCUAUAUUUAAGUCAAAAAUUGAUAUCAAGUAAAAAAAAGUUGAUCACUGGUUUUUCCUGGCAGAAAGUAAACAGGAUUCAGAUAUUCAGAUAAUAAUAUGUUACUACACUGCAUGUAAAUACAAUGUAAAAUGUUUUGACGAACCAAUGUGUUUAAAAAGGUCUAAAAAAUAAAAUACAAAUAGAAAAUUAA